AUGGCCAGCCAAGCACAAGUCAACCCCAAGAGGCAACAGGCAGAGCUCCAGCUCCAGUACUCCAACUACAAAAACACGCUACAACAAUUGGCGCAGAAGAUUGGUGACAUCGAGCAAGAAGCAGAGGAGCAUAAGCUUGUUAUCGAAACCCUCGACCCCCUUCCUAAGGACCGGAAAUGCUUUCGGAUGGUGAACGGUGUUCUGGUAGAACGGACAGUUGAGGACGUUCUUCCGUCUCUCAAGACAAACUCGGAUGGAUUGAAGCAGGUCUUGGAGGAGCUAUUGAAGCAGUACAAGUCGAAGCAGACGGAUCUGGAUAACUGGAAGGUAGGCAAAUUAGUCUCUGGUGGUCCACGAGGGAAGUGUACUCAUUGCCAACGACUGGGCCAUUCAUGCACCUUUGACUUUGCCAGAUCCCGGAAAGCAAAGCCCAAGCAAAACCUAGUGCGGUCUUCCCCGUUGACAAAUGGCAAUGAGCUACCAGAGAUCCCACUUCUAGGCUUUGGCAGUCCUGAUGGUUACUAUCAAGCCGGCUCCACGCCCCCGGGGGAUACGCUGGCCCCGUGGUUCAACCUCGGCGAAGGCCAUAAUGCACAGGAGAAUCAUGACGAUAUCCUGGACAUUGAUCUGGCGAAACGACUGACGUCGAAUGUUACACAUCCAACGCAAGUGUCAAGCGAGGCGCAAAUGUCCGUCCGCAGCAAUUUGUCGGACAGAGUGCCCUACGCGAUGCCGUUUCUUGCCGGUAGUUCACUGACGAGUCCUGUUCGUUUGCUGAAUUCCAAGGUGGAUGCAACUAUCUUAGAUGAUCGGCUGGCAAGAAUCUACCAUGCCAUCAUCACGGGAUGUGCUUCUCGGUUUGUAGACUACGACUGCAAUCUGUAUGCAACGACGUCACACUAUCGAUUGCAAAGUUGGAGUGAAGGGUCGUCGCAAAGGCAUACGCCUGCUACCUUGGAUAAUUCUACAAACACACCGUUUACUAAUACCCCUGCUUCGGUUGCACAGCUAAAUGCCAUCUCCUUCCCGGAUUCGGAGAUGCCAUCAAAUGAUGUCUCCUGCACGUUCACUGUCAUCGGGGCCGUCCGUUUCCUUGAUCAUUUCGCUGGUCUCUACGGCAAUCGACUCAGUGCAACCGCGCGUAGACAGUCUGAUGCCGCGCUGAAAUCAGUGCUUCGCACAUUCUCCCUUCAGUGGCUACCUAGCGAGAGUACAUCAGCAGCUGAUAGUAUCUUGCAGGACAGUAUUCACGGGAUACCCACGAGCGAGGCAUCCAAGAACGCAUUCUACGAUUCUUGGUUUCAGGCACGGGAGAUUAUCUCACAAGCACAGUCUGUCCGAUCGUUCAGGGUCGUCUAUGCUAUCCUGCUCUUUUGUGGAAUCACCAUACCGGCUAAAGCUCCAGUCGAGUCAGCCCGCAAAUUCCUUGACAGCGGCCUGCAAAGCCUUUGUUCGCUGAAUGAGCUUAUCAGGCAACACUGUCAUACUCUUGGAGCACACUCCAUAUACAGUGGUCUGCUGGAAGCCAGUCUCAAUGCCGUGCAUUGGGGUGGAUACAUUCGUGACCUUGGGGCAUCACUCACCACGAAUCGUCCAUGCAGACUGCCUAUUCCGGGUCACAGUAAAGUGCUUUUCAGUACUGGCUCGGUCUUGUCCACAUUCGAUUGGACCAAUGACCACUGUUUCCCGCCCGGUCUGGAUGACAGCAUCGCAUGCAUUUGUCAAAAGGCAGUUGCUGAGGCGUUUUACAUCUGCAGACAGAUAAUCGAGGUCAAAAACCUACUACACUGCGAUGCGUCUUUGUUUUGCAUGGAGGAUGUUGCCUCAACAGUGGCAGCCGUGAGCAAGUUCAACCACCAGUUCCGCCCGUUCAUUAACUACUGCAUCAACAACCUGGAACGUCUUUCCUUACCCUCUAGGACAGCUUCCGUCUCGCUCGUAUUAUUUUGGGACCUGAGUACCCUCAUCUUAGCCGAGGCGUUGGCUCUCGACAGGGAGAGCGAUUCUGUUGACGACACUAUCAUCACAAGCAUGCGCAUUUAUCAAGCUGAAGCGGUGUCAUCAGUCACGAAAACAGUAGAAUGCGUGCUCUCGCUAGCGCCCGACUCCGCCUUCAACAUUGAAAACGGUCUUGAUGCCGAAGUCCCUCUCAUCGCCUAUCACAUUACCCCGAGCUUAACGGCAACGGUCUACCAAAAGUCCAUUGAGACCUUGAUGCACUUUCAGCAAUCGCCGCUCUAUACUGGAGAGAUAGUGGACGAGGAUUGGCAAGGUCAGGUUGAUAUUGUGCUGAAAGGUCUCAGCUCACUAGGCGUGACCGUUGGCGGAUCCGAGGCGGCCGAAAGAGUUUUGCAGUCACUAAUGCCGCGAUAUGGAGACAUUCUCUCUGAGUGCUGGACCUCUGAUUUUUGCACUUGAUUGGUGUUCCCCGCCACAUGUGAAGUACAGCGGAUCCGACAUGCGGCGUCGGCUAGGAUGUACCGGCGAAGCUAGAGACUAC